UUCUACCAUUCGUAACGGUCUUCUUUCUCGUUGGAUAUUCUUUCAUUUGCGUGCAUUAUUUCAAACUUAAAUUAUUUUAACGACACGUUUUUUUUAGAGUUAAGAAAUUGUUUGACUCAAAAUGAAGCUAUUUUUGGUUUUUUGCGUUGCAAUGGUUUCCAGUGUCGUUGGAUUACUCACACAUACAGAGCAUGUGUCCAAUCUUCAGGAGUUCGGUAUUAAUGCCAUAUUAUCGAACCGAGGCAUUGAAGAUAGGUUCAAUUGUCUUAAAGAUGGAAGCCAAACGAUUUUUAACGACAAUUCCGAUUUGCAUUGGUGGUUCGAUGAAGCUAGCAAGACAGCACUGAAAUUGAUUGAAGCCUUUGAAAAAUGCGAAUCACUCUCAGGAAUAGCACAUGCGAGAUGCACAUUGAAGCUUCAAGCUACUGCGGUACAGGAAAUACGUCAAUUGCUCAAAAAAUUGCCAGAUGACAAAAAGGAAUUCCCAAGUGAAGUUAAAGAUUUUGUGAAAAAUUGCUUAGCAGACAGCAUCAUUGUGUAGAAAUCCUAGCACAAAAUAAUGCCUACAAACAUAGAAACUUAAGUUCAGUUCUAUAUUAAAGGGAAUGACAAUGCUCAAGAGAUACCAACGAAAAAAUCAUUAUAAUUAACGUUUGAAUCUAAUCAGUUGACGACUUGAAAAAGAAGAAAUCGAAACAAUUUUUUUGUUGGGUAAAAUGUAAAACCACUGCCCCAAGUCAAUAAUUUACGUACCGAAAACAUAUAUUAUAAGCAUUAUACAGGUGUGUCGAAAUUGUUUCAAUUAUUUCGAUGCUAUAAUUUCAACUUAUUUAUACGUGGGGUUUUCAUUAUUGAUGACUGAAACAAUCAAGAUUCACCUGAAUUUUUUUUCCAAAUAUUUUCUUUUGCUUUUAGUUUAUUUUGAAAGUGGUUAGAUGUCAUUUAAUAAAGAAAGGGUUA